AUGAUUGCUGUAUGCGGCAUGACCGGCACAGGAAAGUCGACCUUCAUCCAGCGGCUGAGUGGUAAGAAAGUCAAGGUUGGCCAUGGUCUCUAUUCAGAAACAUACGACCCAGAGGAGGUGCACUGCACCAUAGAUGCUCAUGCCGUGACACUUGUCGAUACGCCGGGCUUCGAUGACACCACCCGAACCGACGCCGAAGUGCUGCAAUCAUUGGCAGACUGGAUGGAAAAAACCUUCGUUGCUGGGACGCUGCUGUCUGGCAUCAUUUAUCUGCACAGGAUAACCGACGUCCGCAUGACACAUGCCUCACUUCGAAACCUAACAUUAUUUCGAAAGCUCUGUGGCGAGGAGAACCUGUCGAAUGUGAUGCUUGUUACGAGCUGGUGGGAGGUUUGCGAACCAGAGAUUGCCAUUGCCCGAGAGGCAGAGUUGAAGUCCCAAGGAACUUUUUGGGGCACUAUGAUCUCUCAGGGCGCUACCACGGACAGGUACAAUAAUCAGUCGGAGGUGGCAGAGGCUAUUGUCCGCAGGCUGCUACCGAACAACCCUGUUGCCCUGAAGAUACAAGAGCAACUCGUCCUCGAGCAAAAACCUCUCGCGGAGACCGACGCCGGCACCUUCGUGCAUGAGGAGAUGAUCAAGCUAGAGAAGAGGCACCAGGAAAACUUGCAAGCAGUCAAAGAAGAGAUG